AUGGCCGACGACGCACUGUCCAUCUACGAUGAGAUCGAGAUCGAAGACAUGACCUUCGACCCGGCCAUCCAGAUCUACCACUUCCCCUGCCCGUGCGGCGACCGGUUCGAGAUUGCGAUCGAUGACUUGCGCGAUGGCGAGGAGAUCGCUGUGUGUCCGAGCUGCAGCUUGAUGAUCCGGGUGAUUUUCGAUCAGGCCGAUCUCCCUCAGGCUGAUAACCAGCAAAACGGCGGCGCGGUCGCAGUUAAGGCGUGA